CAGCUCUCAUGAAAAAGCUGGGGAUCCUAGACCGUCUGCUCACACCCGCCAUCCUGCUCUGCAUGAUCGCCGGCGUGCUCAUAGGCAACUACGUCCCCGGCGUCCAAGAGGCCUUCGACACCGCACGCUUCCAAAGCGUCUCUGCCCCGAUCGCCGCGGGGCUCAUCGUCAUGAUGUGGCCCAUCCUCACCAAAGUGCGGUACGAGGCCCUCCCCGCACUGCUCCCCACGCGGCGCAUGCUCGCGCACGUCCUCCUCUCGCUCCUGCUCAACUGGAUCGUCGCGCCGCUGCUCAUGCUCGCGCUCGCGUGGGCCGCGCUCCCGGACCUCCCCACGUACCGCACUGGGGUGAUCAUGGUCGGCCUCGCGCGCUGCAUCGCGAUGGUCAUGGUCUGGAGCCAGCUCGCGCGGGGCGACGCCGAGUACUGCGCGGUGCUCGUCGUGCUGAACAGCGUGCUGCAGAUUGCGCUGUAUGCGCCCUUUGCGCUCCUUUUCGUGAACAUCCUGGGGGGCGGGGGCGGGGUGCACCAGACGAUCCACGUCUCGUACGGCAGCGUCGCCAUCUCGGUCCUCAUCUACCUCGGCAUCCCGCUCGCGGCGGGCGUCGUAACCCGCUUCACCAUGCUGCGCCUGACCUCGCGCGCGUUCUUCGAGACGCGCUUCCUGCCGUACUUCGGCCCGCUCGCGCUGCUCGGCCUGCUCUACACGAUCGUCGUCAUGUUCGCAUACCAGGGUCGGCACAUCGUGCACAACCUCGGGCCCGUCUUCCGCGUCUUCGUCCCGCUCAUCGUGUACUUCGUGCUCAUGUGGUCCGCCACCUUUGCGCUGGUGUGGCGCUUCGCACGGCGCGAGCGGCGUGCGGCGAUGAAAGAGGGCGCUGAGGGGGUGGAUGCAAGGACUGGAGCAGGGGCACGGGGACAGAGUGGCAGGGCUUCAUUGUGGUCGUACGAGAUGGCGGUGGUGCAGAGCUUCACCGCGGCGAGCAACAACUUCGAGCUAGCAAUUGCGGUCACGAUUGCGGUGUAUGGCGUCGGCUCCGACCAGGCCCUCGCGGCGACGAUAGGCCCGCUCGUCGAGGUACCGGUGCUACUCGCGCUGACGUGGGUCGCGCUGUUCUUGCACCGCAAGCUGUGUUGGUCCGAGGACGUCAGGCAGGAACAGGCUAGGCCGUCCAACGAAGAGUCGGCGGGGUCGGAGAAGUCUGGUUGA